UCUUCUUCUUUAUAUCUCUCAUUUCUUCUUUCUCUCUCUCUCUGUUGCUUCUUCUUUUACUCUCUUCUCUCCAUUCACUGCACGCACUUCAGAUUUUAUUAUUAUUAUUAUUCUUAUUUUCUCAAAGUCUUAUUCUUUGCGUAACUAGGAACAGAAAAACUCUUGAGGGUCUCUGAUUUUUUCACCACAUGGAGAGGGAAUUUUUUAGCUUGAGUUCCAAAAAUGGUGCAUGGACUACUAUGAAAGGUGAUGCUGCUAUCAAACCAAAAGACCCAGUGACGAGUUCAGGAAUGCAGUGGUCAUUCCCACACAAGGUCUCAGUCCUUCCUCAGUUCCUGUCCUUCAAGACCAAUCAGGAAGACAGGCCUAGGAUGAAUAUUCUUGAUCCACUAGCUUCAUCUGGAUAUAUGACCAUGGCAACUAAAGAUGCUUUUGACUCUAACCAGAAACCAUUCUUUGGUGCCACCCAGAAAAAUUUGUCCAUAAGCAAGCAUGCUGCAGGAACCAAACAUGGAAUGGCAGUUUAUCCUAUGCAAUGUAGUGAUGCACAAUCAGCGUGCCUUCAGGAAGCAAGAAUAUUUUCAGUUUCCAACCAAUCAAAUCAAGUUAGUCCUGUUCUUCAAUCUAAUCUUGCUACUAGCGGACUGAACAUGACCAAUUCAGUCAUAAAACCACAACCUCUUGGUUCCAAAUCCUCUGGCACACCUCUAUCUGUUCUUCCAUCAAUAGGUUCCAUUGUUGGAUCUACUGACUUAAGGAAUUGUUCCAAAUCCUCUGGCAUGUCUACUCAGCUGACCAUUUUCUAUGGCGGUUCUGUAUGUGUUUAUGAUGACAUAUCUCCUGAGAAGGCCAAGGCUAUCAUGUUAAUGGCUGGAAAUGGGUCUAAUCCAACUCACAAAAUGGCAGUUUCCACAAAUAAAUUGCAUCCAGCAAUCUCAAUUCCCUCCAAAGAUGAUGGUUUCAUUAUAAGCCAAUCCUAUCCUCCCUCUCAAGCUAAUUCUCAGCCAGGAGGAUCUUCUAGCAACAAUGAACUUGCCAUAUUAAGACCAGUAGGACCUUCAACUGCCCCUACUAACCAUUUAGAAUCACCUAUUAUUGUUGGUUCUGUAGCUAAAGAAAGGGCUCAACCAGUAUGCUUGCCUCAGGCACGUAAAGCAUCCUUGGCUCGGUUUAUGGAGAAGAGAAAAGAAAGGAUGAUGAACAUAUCACCAUACUUUUAUAUGAGCAAGAAAUCACCUGAAUGCAGCUCUUCUGGAUCAGACAGUGUCAGUUUCUCCUUGAAUUUCUCUGGUUCCUGCUCUUUACCAACCACCAACUAGCCCUGAAUGAAUGAAAGUUUAGAUUAUAUACUUCUGUAAUUGUAAGAAGAUCAAUUUUUUUGGUCAUUGGUAGAGAAAUUUUCUAGGCAUUUUUGUCCUAAGUAUUUUCUUUUGCACCCCGAGCUUUUCAUAAUUAUUACUUUUUUUUUGUAGUAGUUUACUCCACUAUGAGGAUCCUGCAAGUUGUCAUAUAUGAUUUUUUAAACUUUCAUCAUAAUGUAUAAUUAUUUCUUUUAUACAUACUACAGUGAAUAAUCUUCUGAUUCA